GUGAUCUGGUCUUCUCGGGCCACCGUAGUUACGUAUGAAGCAGCAGGCGCGUAGUUUCUCGUGUAGUCCGUAAACUGAAAACAACACUUCAAAUUUUAACAAAAAGGCUUCAAUUUCCAUGGAGAGCAUAAAUGCCAAAUAUGUGUCUCAGAAAAUCAGUAAGACGAGAUGGUGUCCGGUUUCCUAUUCUUCACUGCAACAACCAGAAGUCUUUGCUACGGGCUCGUGGGACAACGAGGACAACAAGGUGUCUAUCUGGUCCAUUGGAAAUCACAACAAUUCUGGAUUAGAAGACGGAUUUGAAGGAGACCCACAAAUUUUAUGUGAGCACAAACAUGGCGGAGAUGUUCUGGACCUGCAAUUCUUGGACCAGGAACGGAUGGUCUCAGCGUCAUCAACGGGAGCAGUCACUAUUUUCCGCUAUCAUCCAAACACUCAUACCAUUUCAGUUCUGCAGCACUGGGCGAGGGCGCAUAGCUACCCUUGUGACAACGCGCCCUGCACCGCCUUGGUCUGCAGCAGCCCGGAGAUUGUCACUGUCGGGGAGGACGGCAGGAUCGUGGUCUUCAGAGCCGACCAGGAAGGAGCGGUCCGGGUCAUCGAGAAUGCAGACAGCAGCACAAUUCACGCGGUGACUUACCUGAAGACCACGGAGGUUUUGACGGUGAACUCCAUUGGCCAGCUGAAGCUGUGGGACCUCAGGCAGCAAAGCAGCUCCCCAUCGCAGAUUCUGUCCCUGUCAGGAGACAGAGCUCCUCUGCACUGCGUUGACAGACAUCCCAACCAGCAGCACAUCGUAGCCACCGGGGGCCAGGACGGCAUGCUCUGUGUGUGGGACGUGAGACAGGGGGGCACGCCCAUCUCACUCAUGGAGGCACACUCGGCUGAAAUGUGGGAGGUUCGCUUCCACCCCACAAACCCGGAUCACCUGUUCACGUGUUCGGAGGACGGCUCGCUGCUGCACUGGGAAACUGCCUCGCAUUCCGAGAUGCCCUCAUUCUUACAAGGUGGCAGGAACAGCAGCGUGAUCUCCCACGGCGCGCUGACCCCCGCUGGCGGGAACCGCCCCCUCAGCAGCGCCUGGCUCUGCGGAGAUUCUGGCAAAGGCUGCCUGGAGACGACGCACAUGCUGCCCAGCCAGACCAUGUCCGUCAACAGCCUGGACAUCAUCGGACAGUGUCUCGUCUGCGGCACCGACGGAGAGGCCAUUUUUGUCAACAGACAUGUCCCAGUUUAAAAAAUAAGUGUCUUUUGUGAGGAAAGAGAUGUUACUGUCCUCAUGUUGUGUUCUGACUGUGUUUUGUACAGAUUUGAUUUAAAAGGUUAUUAAAUUACAAAUAAACGCUCAAAUAAGUCUAAAAAGUUG